GUCCAGCUUCAUUGCAUUAGUCCUAGCAAGGCGCAAAAGCGGAUCAUUCUGGCAGAACUUGAAGACGACGUUCAAUUGUCCUCGAACAACUGUAACAGUAGCCAUUGCAGUGUCGAUCGACGAAGAAUUGAGGGUGGUGCUAUUCUUAAGACUACUUACUUUUGAGCUGCGCUGAAGGGGGCACAAUGUCGUCCGCCAGUGGUCUUGAGCUUAAGCUGCAUCCCCUUGUCAUUGUGAAUGUUUCAGACCACUUCACCCGCAUCAAAGCACAGACGCGGGGCAAUCACGUGCCCCGCGUUCUAGGUUGCCUCUUGGGGGUGCAGACAGGGCGCAGCGUGGAGAUCUUCAACUCGUUUGAGCUCAAGUACGAUGUGCUGGAUGACUUGAUUGUGCUGGACCGCGGCUUUCUGGCGCAGAAGCAGGAGCAGUACAAGAAAGUGUUCCCCAAGUAUGACAUCCUGGGGUGGUACUCGACGGGCAGCGGGGUGCAGGUGGCGGACAUGCAGGUCCACAAGGCGCUAACCGACAUCAACGAAAGCCCGCUGUACCUGCUGCUGGACCCCACCAUCCACCAUGGCGCCAAGGACCUCCCCAUCACCAUCUUUGAGAGCGAGCUGCACGUCAUUGAGGGCGUGCCCACCCCCAUCUUUGUCAAGUCAGGAUACACUGUGGAGACGGUGGAGGCGGAGCGCAUCUCGGUCGAUCAUGUCGCACGCAUCACGCCGUCUGGAGGCUCAUCUGGAGCAACGCAGCUUGCCGCUCAUCUGAUGGGCUUGCACAGUGCCAUCAAGAUGUUGAGCAGGCGCAUCAAGGUUCUGCACCACCUGCUGCUGUCCUUCUCCCGUGGCGAGCUGCCCCUCGACCACUCCCUGCUGCGCCAGGUGUCCAGCCUGGUGCGCCGCCUGCCAGCCAUUGACUCUGCGCACUUCCGCGAGGAGUUCCUCACGGAGUACAAUGACACGCUGCUCAUGACCUACCUCGCAGGAAUCACGAAGGGGACAAGCACGUUGAAUGAGCUGGUGGAGAAGUUCAACAUUGCGUAUGAACGACAUUCACGACGGGGCGGAAGACCAACAGCAUUCAUGUAAUCCCGAUGGAGCUUGCUCGCAACACCAAUGUCCGAAGCAUGGAAGAGAUCAACGAUUGAAGGCUCCAGGUAACCAAUAAAUCAGGUGUCUGGGAGGACAAACGCAGUUUAUCAAACGCUCCCCCAGCAAUUCGAACCCUUAGGACAAUGAACAAGGGCGAAUUCACGUCCAAGACCAAGACUACGAGUGCAAGAUGCGACAAAGUAUCAUAGUGAUGUUCAUGUGGUGUCUUUCAUGCAUCCGGUUGAACAUCCAGAACGGCCUUGGAUGGGCCUCAUUGAGUUUGUAAUCAAGCUUUUCCACGGGAAUGGAGAUGCAGUAAUCUGACCCGGGGAUAGCGGGCCACUGCAAUGUUCAAUACAGAGCAUAGAGCUGACUCAUCAGGGUGUAAAGCCGUUCGCGCAGUUAAGCGCUGCCGCCAC